AUUCUCAUUUCUUAACACUAGCUCUAUCUUCCUUUUCUCCCUUCUCUCACACUCCUCAUGAACAAGAAGGAUUAAAUAAAAAAUAAAAAUAAAAACAAAUGAAAGUGGAAUUAAAUAUGCACAAUAAUAACACGCACAAACAAGUAAUGAUCAUCACUCACAGGAGCAGCCUCUUUCUCCUUAUCCUUCUUCUCUCCACAUUCUGUGUUGGUUUUGCUGUUGAAGAUGGAGAAGCAGAAGCGCAGAAGCAAAACCCGUUCACACCAAAAGCAUUCGUGAUCCGCUACUGGGACAGAGCGAUCUCCAACAAAUUGCCAAAGUCAUCCUUCCUCCUCUCCAAGGCGUCACCACUGACCGCCUCCGACGCCGCCACCUACGCCACCCUCGCCGCCGCCAACACACUUUCCACUCGCCUCCCGGAGUUCUGUUCCGCCGCGCACCUCCUCUGCUUCCCGGAGGUGUCCCCCAGCCUCGACAACCACCCAAAGGACUCCGCCUUCUCCGUCUACAACGACGGCCAGAACUUCACAAACUACGGCACCGACCGACCCGACGGCCUCGACUCCUUCAAGAACUACUCCAACGGUUUCUUCAAUACUCCCGUCAACGACUUCCGCCGCUACAGCCGUGACUCCGCCGGCCACAAUGAAACCUUCACCAGCUACGGCGACGGCAACAACGUCGUCGACCAGAGCUUCCACACUUACGGCACCAACACCGCCGGCGGCGCCGGCGACUUCAAAUCAUACGGCGCCAACUCCAACGUCCCCAACCUCGGAUUCACCACCUACUCCACCGACGGAGUCGGCAGGGAGCAAAAAUUCUCCCAAUACAGCGAAAACGGUAACGCCGGCGACCAGAGUUUUACCAGCUACGGCAAAGAAUCGCUCGGCGCCGCCAACGACUUCUCCGGCUACGGCACAAACUCCAACGUCGCCAGUUCCGGAUUCUCAAACUACGCUGAGAAAGGCACCAGCGCCAAGGACACGUUCACGAACUACGGCGUGAACAUGAACAACCCCACCGAGACGUUCAAGAACUACGCCAAGGACAGCGUCUUCGCAGCCGAGAAAUUCUCAAACUACCGUGACCAGGCGAACGUCGGCGCCGACUCGUUCCAGUCAUACGCCGAGGGCGCACGAGGCGGCGAUCCGGUGGAAUUCAAGAAUUAUGGGAAGUCAUUCAAUGAAGGAACCGACACUUUCAAAGGAUACGCCAAAGGAGCAGACAUUGAUCAGAAGGUUAACUUCAAGGGCUAUGGUGUCAAUAACACCUUCAAAGAUUACUCCAAACAUGGCAUUUCCUUUGCUGGUUAUACCAAACGCUCAUCCAAACAGAGCCUUACUGGAAAUUUGGCAAAGAAAUGGGUUGAACCUGGGAAGUUCUUUCGUGAGAGGAUGCUGAAAUCAGGGACGGUUAUUCCCAUGCCUGAUGUAACUGACAAAAUGCCCAAAAGGUCGUUUUUGCCUCGUUCCAUUUUGACCAAAUUGCCCUUUAAAUCUUCGGAUCUGAAACGCGUGUUCAGGAUCUCUGAUAAUUCUUCCAUGGAUAAAAUGAUUGUUGAUUCGGUCGGUGAGUGCGGGAGGGCACCGAGCGCGGGUGAGACCAAACGUUGCGUGGGCUCGAUUGAGGACAUGAUUGACUUUGCCGCUUCAGUUUUGGGCCGCAACGUGACAGUUCGGGCAACCGAGAAUGUUAAUGGGUCGGGGAAGACCGUGAUGGUGGGUCGGGUUUAUGGGGUGAAUGGUGGGAAAGUAACCAAGUCGAUGUCGUGUCACCAGAGCUUGUUUCCUUAUUUGCUUUACUACUGCCACUCGGUUCCUAAGGUUCGGGUCUAUGAAGCAGAUCUUUUAAACCCGGUUACAAAGGCUAAGAUUAACCACGGAGUUGCCAUCUGUCACUUGGACACCACUGCUUGGAGCCCCACUCAUGGUGCGUUCAUGGCUCUUGGGUCCGGUCCAGGUCGGAUUGAAGUGUGUCACUGGAUCUUUGAGAAUGACAUGACCUGGACAACUGCUGAUUGAGAAAGCCUAACAAGCUAAUUAAGCAGGGUCAGAAAUAAAUGGUGUUGUUGUUGUUGCAAUUAUCUACUAAGUGGGAGCUUCUCUGAAGUGUGAAUUAUCCAGCUUCCUUGCGAAUGAAAUAAUUAAUAUAUUGGAAGCCAAAUAAAUCAAGUGUCUAUUUAUUUGCACUUUGUUUGUUAUCUUGUGAGAAGAAAAAUUCGAUAACUUUGUGAAUCAAAAAAAAUAUUUGGUUGCAGUGGAAUUAAGAAGGAGGAUUGAAUUAUUGUUAA